GGGAGACUGUGAGGGCGAGGCUACCGCGCCGUGUUUUCCGGGCCUGCCGGCGGAAGGCUGACGGGCUCUUUGUCGGGCCCGUGUGGGCGCUGCUGGCCGCAGCCUUGUGACCAUUGAGAAGGAGCGUGCGGGGUCCGACCAUCCCCGAAAGGCGGGUCGUCGCGCUCCCGGACUCGGACGCGGAUGGUGGACGGGGGUCCCUGGCGCCUGGCGCGGUGUGUGCGAGCUGCCUGCUGAGCCCCGGCUGGCCGGCCGACAUGUGCUCGGCUUCUGGGCUCGCUCUGCUGUGCAGGGCCCUCUGCAGACCCGUCGGAUGGGCUUCUCUGCGCAGGAGUCUGACGCUGAGUGCGGGCCGGAGAACUCCAGAGUUGAACAGCUUUACCGCUCGGACCAACACGUGUGGGGAGCUGCGCUCUUCUCACCUGGGCCAAGACGUCACCCUGUGUGGGUGGAUUCAGCACCGGCGACAAAAUCUCUUCCUGGUCCUGAGAGAUUCCUAUGGACUGGUACAAGUUGUCAUUCCCCAGGAUGAGUCGGCUGCCUCAGUGAAGAAGGUUUUGUGUGAAGCCCCCGUGGAGUCCGUGGUGCGGGUGUCUGGGACAGUCAUUCCCCGGCCUCCAGGACAAGAGAACCCGAAAAUGCCAACAGGUGAGAUUGAAAUCAAAGUUAAAACAGCUGAAAUUCUGAACUCCUGCAAGAAGCUGCCCUUCGAAAUUAAGGACUUUGUGAAGAAGACGGAAGCGCUCCGCCUGCGGUACCGCUACCUGGACCUGCGCAGCUCGCAGAUGCAGCACAACCUGCGCCUGAGGUCGCAGCUCGUCAUGAAGAUGCGGGAGUACCUGUGUAACCUGCACGGAUUUGUAGAUGUAGAAACUCCGACACUGUUCAAGAGGACCCCGGGGGGUGCCAAAGAAUUUUUAGUGCCAUCCAGGGAACCCGGAAGGUUUUAUUCCCUCCCUCAGAGUCCCCAGCAGUUUAAGCAGCUUCUGAUGAUCGGCGGUUUUGACAGGUAUUUUCAAGUUGCUCGAUGUUACCGAGAUGAAGGUUCAAGACCAGACAGACAGCCUGAGUUUACUCAGAUUGACAUAGAGAUGUCCUUUGUGGAGCAGGCCGGGAUCCAGCGUUUAGUCGAAGGCUUGCUGCAGUACUGCUGGCCCGGCGGCCGAGCUGCGCUGGAGGCUCCCUUCCCGUGCAUGUCUUACGCCGAGGCUUUGGCCACGUAUGGAACUGACAAACCUGACACUCGCUUUGGGAUGAAGAUUGUAGAUCUCAGCAGUGUGUUCAGAAGCACAGAGGUUCGACUCCUUCAAGAUGCACUGAAUAAGCCCCAAGGAACUGUCCGGGCCAUCCGUGUCCCUGAAGGAGCAAAAUACUUAAAAAGAAAAGACAUUGAGUCCAUUAGGAAAUUGGCAGCUGACCACUUUAAUCAGGAAGUCUUACCUGUAUUUCUGAACGCCAAUACAAGCUGGAAUUCUCCAGUAGCCCGAUUUAUAAUGGAGGAACAAGGAUUGGAAGUAAUCAGACUAAUGGAGGUCCAGGAGGAAGAUGUGAUCUUCCUAACUGCUGGAGAACAGAAGACAUCGUGCUCUUUGCUGGGGAGACUGCGGCUGGAAUGUGCUGACCUGUUAGAAACGAGAGGAGUGGUGCUGCGCGACCCGGCUCUCUUCUCUUUCCUGUGGGUGGUGGAUUUCCCACUGUUCCUUCCCAAGGAGGAAAAUCCCGGAGAGCUGGAAUCAGCCCACCACCCGUUCACCGCCCCCCACCCCGACGACAUCCACCUGCUCUACACUGAGCCCGAAAAGGUGCGCAGCCAGCACUAUGACUUGGUUCUAAACGGCAGUGAGGUGGGCGGUGGCUCUAUCCGGAUCCACGACGCGGAGCUGCAGCAGUACGUGCUGGCAACGCUGCUGAAGGAAGAUGUGAAAUUGCUGUCCCAUCUACUCCAGGCUCUGGAGUACGGUGCACCCCCUCAUGGAGGAAUUGCCUUAGGGCUAGACAGGCUGAUGUGCCUUGUCACCGGAGCUGCAAGCAUCAGAGACGUCAUAGCCUUCCCCAAGUCCUUCCGGGGACAUGACCUCAUGAGCGGGGCCCCGGACUGCGUCCCUCCUGAGGAACUCGAGCCCUAUCACGUCCGAGUCUCGUGGCCAGCAGACUCGGCCGAGAACUCAGCCAGCCAGCCACAGCACCAAGAAAGUUGAGCGUUUGCACUUGGUCCUCUUUGCUCCUCCCACGGCUGCGAUCCCACCCAGAGGGCUGGCACGAGCGACAGUCAGCUGAAGGAGUCAGACAGCGUUCUUCACGGUGAAGAAGCAAAAGUUCCUGGAUUCUGACUUGAUAACACGCACCGUUGGAAUGUUUUGGUAGGAACCUCAUCAAAGUUCCUUCACUCGUGAAAGACAGUUCUCGCUUGGAGUGAUGUAACGAAUGGCCUAGUGUUUUCUGAUUAUCUUCUUCAUAUCCAGAUAUUCACUAGAACAGAUGUGGUCAGAUAACAUGGGAAUAUGUCUGUUAGAUUGAUGAAGGAUCAUAAAUCAGACUUUAUACCGACAUUUCAGCUGCCAAUGUAAUACAGAAUACAAAGCCUGGCUGAACUGCCAGUCAGGAAAUACUCAGUGUUUCAUCCUGAUCACGUUAUUUUCCCUUCCUUCCUGCUUUUGUAAAACGUACAUAACUUGCCUUCUGC